AUGUCAUCUACAGAGCGUGCCGAGUACCGCCAAUUCUUACAUGAGGAGCAGAAAUACGAUACAAAAUAUCCUCAUGCAACCAAUUCGAGAUUAUUUGUUGGCAAUAUCCCAAGUAAUCACGUCCAAAAACGUGAGUUAUGGAGAAUAUUCCGUAAGUAUGGAAAGAUACUUCAAGUCUCUAUGAAAACAGCUUAUGGAUUUGUCCAGUUUGAAAAUUCAGACUCAGUUGAAAGGGCAAUAGCAGGUGAGAGUAACGUGCCGUUGUUCAACAAAGUUUUGAACUUGGACAUUGCAAAGAACUCU